AUGAAAUCCACAGAAAAAGAACAUAUGCGGCAAAUAAUAUUUUGCGAUAGUAGUAUCAAGAAACCGGGAAAAAUUAUGUGCGUUGAACAUAAUUUAACGAGUGAAUAUAAGAAGUCUCAAUCUUCGAUAAUAUCUUCUAUGGCUCCUACAAAUAAAAAUGAAAUUCAAAAAAGUUGGAAAUAUUUCACUUCUACCAACAGUUCGUCGCAGGAAAAACGUUCAUUUAAACAAGAUCGUUGUCCGCGAUUCGAGUCGCUUAAAUUGUAUUCUCAAUAG